ACCGCUAUGAUGACGGACGUAUUGCUAUUCACAAUAUUUGUUUUAUUGUGUUGUGUAAACAGCGCUAAAAAUGAAAGGUCCAGCGUAUUAUCUCAAGAUGGAAUAACUGGUAACUUUUCCGAUAAUUCAGGACUCGUAACUAUAACCCUGACGAAAUACUCAGCCACAGUUACUUGUACAUCAAAAGGCACAGAAUUGAAAAACAAAUAUCCAGAACUAAAACACAUGCCUACCGUAACCGUAGAAUCAGUUAACGUAUUAUUUUGUGAAGUUCCAACAAACCUAUCUUACGCCGAAAUUGUAACUUCAUUGAAUAUCAACGCAACAGCUGUGAAAAACCUCAAUCUUAAAUUUGGCGACAUUAAAUCAGCAGCACUAAUAAGAAAACAUUUCACUGGGUUGCAAAUAGAAGAACUGAGUGUCGUAAAUGAGAGGUCACGUUUGCUAUUAGAAUUAUCGGCAGAUGCAUUGACUCCUCUAACGAAAUUAAUAAACAUUCUGAUAGAUAGAGUAUCCAUAAGAGAAAUACCAGAAACAGUGAAACUUAACAAAAUUGUCUUGAGAAGAGGAAGAUCUUUAAGUAAACUCGGUCAAUGCUCAGAUGUACAGUCUUUAUCUUUGGAUGCUUGGGAACUAUUUGUUGGACCCGAUAAAUGGUGGAGUAGCUCUAACUGCACAAACAUCAGACAAUUAAAAGUGGAUGAUGUAAGUCUUUGGAUGAUAAUGAAACUGCUUCAAGUGACUUACGAAUCUUUAACAGAUUUAUCAAUACAUAAUUGUCAUAUAGUUCAGUUGAUGUCGCCGUUCACACCACCAUUAAGGAAAUUGGAAAAACUUGAUUUGUCUCAUAAUGGCAUUGGUGCUAAUUCUUUAUUUCACAUGAGCUACAUUGAGGACUUUGUGAACAACAAAUAUUAUAAUGUGCUAUCAGCGUUCGGUAUGCCAAACCUGUAUGAACUGUCGCUUGCGCACAAUAAUAUUGGUAGAUUUUGUGACAAUACGAAAUUCUAUAUCAGUGACAUAAGAAAUUUAAGAACGUUUUCUCUUGCUGGUACUGGCUUGGAGGAUCUUUGUUUCGACAACGUACCAAUGCCUUUAUUAGAAUACUUAAACCUCACGCACAACAACAUUACUCAAGUUAAGACAUUUCAACUACCAGCCUCUAAUGCUGAGCGUGUUGUAAUAGAUUUAAAGGAUAAUCCAAUUGAAGAGAUAAUAUUUUCUGAGGAAGCCAUCGUAAAUGAAGACUUAUACGAAGCAAAGAUUUAUUUUAAUAUCAAUUAUAACCUGUGGAUCAAAACAACUAUAUUAAUGAACAAUAAAUUAGAUUGCGAUUGCAAACACGGUUGGUUGGCACAAGCGCUUCGAAUGCAUUUGAUUUCAGUAGAAGACGCAAAAUGCUCUGACGGAAGAUCCCUUGUAGAAGUACCACCAGAGCAACUAGAAUGUCAGAAAGAAGAAGCAGAUGAAUGCACUUUCAGAAAACAAUGGGGGAGUACCGGUAUUGUUGCAAAUUGUAGCGGUAGAAAUCUAAAAACGCUACCACGUCGAGUGAACCUGGAACGACUAUACGCGUCCCAAAAUAACAUCAAAACGAUCAGCCAAAAAGAUUUGCCAAAUACGCUUCAGUUUUUAGAUCUAAGAAAGAAUCGCAUAGCCCGCCUGGACGAGAAAGUGUCAAGAAUAAUGUUCGAAACAGAUCGAACGAUUCUUCUUGAUGACAAUGAAAUACCCUGUGAUUGCGAUAACAAUUUUUUUAUCCAACAGUUGCAAGCACAUCACUCACAGGUGGCAGACUACUACAAUUUGACAUGUUCUAAUAUAAACAAGACGAUAGCAGUUGUAGUGCCAAAUGAUCUUUGUCCUAUGAACAUGCUUCCAAUUAUCCUCUCAGUCAGCACAAUAGUAGCACUUGCGAUGCUUUGUAUAAUUUUAUGUCGUGUAUACGGACGAGAUGUUAAGAUAUUCCUGUUCGCUCACGGAUGGUGUUUGUACUUCGUGAGUGAGGAAGAUGUCGACUCUGAUCGCUGUUACGACGCAUUUAUCUCCUUCAGUCACCACGAUCAUGAAUUCAUCGUUGACAAACUUCUAACAGUCUUGGAGCCGAAGUACAAGAUCUGCAUCCAUUUCCGCGAUUGGAUUGUUGGCGAGUGGAUACCAACUCAGGUGCAGAAAUCGGUUGAGCUCUCGAAAAGAACAAUCAUCGUGUUGUCAAAGAAUUAUUUGGACUCGAUGUGGGGGAUGUUUGAGUUCCGGAUUUCUUACACGAGUGCCUUAAAAGAGGGUCGUUCGAGGAUCAUUAUUAUUGUCAUCGAUGACGUCCUCCAUUCAGCAGUGGAAAUGGAUCCGGAUUUGCGUCAUUUUGUCAUGAAUAAUACGUAUUUGGCGUGGGAUGAUCCCUGGUUUUGGCAAAAGCUGCGGUAUAGUCUGCCUCAUAACGCCCUGGGCAAGGAUGGCACAGUGAUCCUCCAACUCGAGGAAACUAUAACAUGGCGGGACAGCAGUGUAUCAUGUCCUGAAACUAUUGAAUCGACUGUUGAAUAAAACAUGUUUUGUGCUUGAAUGAGUUUUAGUGUAACAUCACUAUUUGGAAGGAUUUUGAGAGAAAUGUUUUCUUGUUUCAUAUUAUUAAAACGUGAUUUUUCUGUA